GCCCGGCUCUGCAGAGAGGAGGUCUUGCAGGCUCCAGUGGAGUAUAAAAGAGAUGCAAAUCCCGCAAGAAGCCACCGCACUUGUCAGCGGAUCUGGUGAUUGACAAAGUCCCUGGGGCUCUGCACCGGUCACCUCCCUCAAGCUCCACAACUGAACGUCGGAGCCAACCCUCGGCCCCUUGCAGUCGGAACUUUACAGCCGCGGGAGACCUGAAGGCGGUGGCAGCGGCCCAGGAAGGAGCAGCAGCGCCGGGGAAAGAAGUGGGAAGAGAAGACCGUUGUCUCCUGGGAAUCCAGCACUGAAGAAACGAGGAAAAUUCUUCCAAAGAUGGUCUCCCAUUCAGAGUUGAAGAAUCUUUUCUGUUCAGCUGAUGCAGUGUGCUUUGAUGUUGAUAGCACUGUCAUCCAGGAAGAAGGGAUUGACGAGCUGGCCAAGUUCUGUGGGGUUGAGGAUGCCGUGUCAGAAAUGACACGGCGAGCCAUGGGCGGGGCAGUGCCUUUCAAGGCUGCCCUCACAGAGCGCUUAGCUCUGAUCCAGCCCUCUAGGGAACAGGUGCAGAGGCUCCUAGCAGAGCACCCCCCUCACCUGACCCCCGGCAUAAGGGAGCUAGUAAGUCGCCUACAAGAACGAAAUGUUCAGGUUUUCCUGAUAUCUGGGGGCUUUAGGAGCAUUGUGGAGCAUGUUGCUUCAAAGCUCAACAUUCCAUCAACCAAUGUAUUUGCCAAUAGGCUAAAGUUCUACUUUAAUGGUGAAUAUGCAGGUUUUGAUGAGACGCAACCAACAGCUGAAUCUGGUGGGAAAGGAAAAGUUAUUAAAUUUUUAAAGGAAAAAUUUCAUUUCAAGAAGAUCAUCAUGGUUGGAGAUGGAGCCACAGACAUGGAAGCCUGUCCUCCUGCUGAUGCUUUCAUUGGAUUUGGAGGAAAUGUGAUCAGGCAGCAAGUAAAGGAUAACGCGGAAUGGUACAUCACUGAUUUUAUAGAGCUUCUGGGAGCACUGGAAGAAUAAGAUCCAUUUUUAUAAAGUUCAUAACUUCAGGUUAAUUUUUAAAAAUUAUGCAGUUUGAUACUGUUUGCUUCCAAUUGCUGACUACAUCCCAAUCUAUGAAUUUUGUAUUGAUUAUCUGUACCUCCAAGUAAACGAUAGUUAGGGCUCAUAGAACAUUGUGGUUUGUUUUUUUAAACUGUAGUUCCAGUAUUAUUUUGACCAUUUAAUUGCCUGGAGAGUUUUAUAAUCUGAAUUCUUUAUCAAUCUAUCAAUUCUUUAUCAAUCAAUUCUAGCUAUGUUUGAUUUGAAGUCUUUGGAAGGUGGAUGGUAAAUUAAACACCUUCACUAUUGGGAAUGUGGAUUAGGCAGCUUUAAAUGAAAUUGGUUUUCCCUUUAUAUAUAAAUAAAAAUUUAUGCAUAUAUCAAAACA